UUCGGCGGUAGAUACAUAGGAGUAUAAUCAAGUUUUUUUUUCUAAACUACUCUAUGUGUGUGAUCAAAUUUGCGAAAGUAGGAACCGUUUGCACGAUGUAAUUCCCUACAAACAAACGUUGGCCUGUGAGUCCGUCAGUAGUGUACACAGCCAAACGCCCUUCGGUCGGCGGUUGCGCAGCGGGCCGAUCCACCAACCCGCGCCGCCGCCGGCGCCAUGGCCGGCUGGAUCUCCUCCAAGCUCAAGGCCGCGGAAACCCUCCUCCACCAAAUCGACCAGCAGGCGGCGGAGUCGCUCGGCAAGUCCUCCUCGGCCUCCGACCUCACCGCCCUCCAGCAGCCCUCCUCGUCGGCCUCGCUCCUCGACGCCCCCGCCCCGCGCAGGCCGCCCCCGGCGACCCCGCCUCCCUCCCUCGGCCUCCGCAUCGCCGCCAGGCGCCGCUCCCAGCCUCCCCCUCCGCCCCCCUCCGCGCCCCGCCGCUCCGCCUCCGCCGCGGCGGAUCUCUCGGCCCAGGAUCGGCCCGGCGCCGAGCCUGCCGUUGCGGUCGAGGCGAAGGCGGAGGAGGAUCGGAGGGAUCGGGAGGAGGACGAGAAGGGAGGCCCGUCUGAGAGCGGGAGCGGGAGCGGGAGCGAUGACGAUUCCGAUGGGUCCGGGAGCGACGAUUCGGAGGAGGAGAGGCGGAGGGAGGAAGAGCGGAGCCGGCGGCGUGCCGAGCGGCUCGCGGCGAUGGCCGCGCGAGCCAUUGCGGAGAGGGAGGAGGCCGUGGCCAGGCUCGAGGGGGAGAAGACUAGCCUUGAGAAGCUGCUCGCCGUGCGCGAGAAGGAGCAAGCGCAAGAGGCUUCAGAGUUGCAGACUAGUAUGAUUGAAACCAUGGAAGCUACAGAGAUAGAGAAAAUACGGCAUAACAGCACUAGAAUGGAAGCCCUCGUGCGGUUGGCUGAGCUUGAGGUUACAAAUGCAGAGCUUGCAAAGUCACUUGCCAGGGAGCAAUGGAAUCUUGAAGUUCAAGUUGAUCAAGUGGCUCAUCUUCGAGAGGAAGUUGACUUGAAGACUUUUGCCCAAGAUAAGUACAAGAGAAAGAUAGCGAAGAUACAGAAGACAAGUGCCCCUUUAGUUGAUGAAAUAGAAUCCUUGAGAAGGUUAAAGCUGGAAGACGAAAUUAUUGAUGCAGAAUACACUCAGACCUGUGAUAGAAUUGUCAGCUUGAAGGACAAGGCAAGGAAGAUUGAAGAAAACAUUGAGCUGACAAGAAGGGACAUGGUGCAACCUACAGAGGUUGAAAUUGAGCUCAAGAAGAGGCUUGAUCAACUCACUGAUCGGUUGAUUCAGAAACAAAUGCAGGUUGAGUCCCUGUCUUCAGAGAAGUCAACUUUGGUACUGAGAAUGGAGGCCGUUUCGAGGUUGCUCGACACCAACGCCUCGUCGCUGGCGUCUUCAAGCUCGUCGUCGAGGAUAGACAUCGAGGCCGGUACAUGGCAAGAAUCAUAUUCACCAUAUUCUUCCCCAAGGCUGCGUGACAGGAUACGGAGUGGGAAGCAGCACCUGGGAUACGCGAUACGGCAGCUCGACUCCAUCUUCUCGGCCGGUCACAUCUUCCUGCGUAGGAAUCCGAAGGCGCAGGUCGGGGCCGCGGUGUACCUGGUGUGCCUCCACAUAUGGGUCAUGUACAUACUGUCGUCGCAUCCCGCUGUGCCGGACACCCGCCCCGGCGCCACCUUCUCUCUGGAGUCGAUCAACAAGACUAGCAUUUAACCCUGUGUGUUCUCUCUCUGUAGUUUUGUUUUCUUUGUGUACAUCAUAGAUAUAUGUACGUAGCCUAUUGCUGUGCAGGGAGCAGCGAGGCACGUUAUAAGACUUGUUGACAGAUCACAGAUGACAUUACUGGUUUUGUCCUCGGUAGGUUAAGUGACCUGAUGGGUGGUUAUACCAACUCAGAUAUGGACAACCCGAAUAGUAAUUUUGUCACAUGAUUUUUUCCUA